UCAUGUAGACGUGGAGUUCAGAACUAAUGCCAUGUUAUUUAAUAGUUGUUAAACAUGGUUAGAAAGCAGUGUAUGUCAUUAAUUUUGCUCGAAACAUAAAUCAGUACGAGAAUGACAGCAUCUAAGCAUUUGGGUUCCACGGAAGAGAAAAAUUAUUUGAAGCUUUCUCUCUUUUUGGUGGAGAUAUCACGUUCGGCUAUUAAAUAUAUCUUCGACCAAGAAUUUUGUCCAGACACAUUACAGACAGAAAUCACCAAGAACUACUCUAAACUUAAAUAUCUGAAACAAACGAAAACGAUAAGCGCAACACAAUGGGACACACUUUUUCUACCAAAGGGAUUAACUCUUCAGUCUUCUAACUUUGAUAUUACAUUAAUGACAUGUCUACUACGAAAUCUGGCAGCCAUCGAUGUUGUUGACCGCCAAGUUCCUCAGGUCGACUUCAGCAUAGGAACUGCGAUAUCUACAAUAAAAUUUUACAGAAAUAAGAUAGCACACAUUCUUGAUUGCUCUGUAUCAGAUAUUGUAUUCAACGAAAUGUUUGACGCUGUGACAAAGGCAAUUGUCAAACUAAAUCCAGCACUAAGUGGAGAAUGUGAGUCAAUAAGGCAUGGAUCAUUUUAUAAACACUUGGGAAACUUAACAGCACUGCAUGAUAUGUGUCAUGAUGGAAAUUUUGAAUUGGCAAAACUGUUGAUUCAACAAGGAUUACCAGUAAAUGAGGAAAUCUAUUUGGGUUUAACACCACUUCAUUUAUCAUCGCACGAAGGUCACACAAACAUUGUUGAACUUUUACUCAAUCAUGGUGCAAAGGCUGUAGUAAACAAUGGAAAUAUAUCUGGCUCCACGCCAUUACAUUUUGCUUCUCAUGAGGGCCAUAAAGAUACUGUUGACAUUUUGCUUCAGCAUGGAGCAGAUCUACAUCAAGGAAAUAACAAUCAUUCCAGACCAAUACAUUUAGCAACUCAUGAAAAUCAUAUCGAUACUGUGAAAUUCUUCAUUGAAAAAGACGCAAACGUCAACGACAUCAAUAAGAACGGUUCCACGCCACUGCAUUUGGCAAGUUAUAAUAAUCUUAAAGAAAUGGCAGAGUUCCUGAUUAAAAAUGGCGCCGACGUAAACAGAGCAAAAUUAGACAAACGUACGCCAUUACAUGUUGCUUGUAGAGCUGGUAACCCUGAAAUUGUAAGUCUAUUGGUUAAAAAUAAAGCAUUGGUAGAUCAAACAGAUAAUGAUGGCCGAACACCUUUGUCUUAUGCCAAAGACAAUGGAAACAGAGAAAUAAUCUCAAUUUUACAGACAAUAGAUCAUUCUUCGGAAAAUGAUAAAAAUGCGUUUUAUAUGUUUAUGCUUUUCUCUAGUGUGAUCAUUAUUUGCGGUGUGUUGAAGCGCUAUGUUUAAAAGAAAACCGCUAUUUGUAAUAGAAAAAAAUCGAAGGCCGUACGGUGACCUAUAGUUGUUAAUUUCUGUGUGAUUUGGUCUCUUGUGGAGAG